AUGCCGCCCUCGGCCGCCUUCCGCUUCUCCGACACCCUCUGUGUUGCCAUCAUUGGAGAUUGCCACCUUCCCGACGACAUCAUUCAAGCGCUUCACUUCCCUAAGCUUCAGAAGCUCGCGCUUCAGAGCGUCAGCAUAUCCGAAUCCUCGCUGCACACCAUGAUUGCCGCUUGCCCCGCUCUGGAGUGCUUGCUUAUUAAGAACAGUGGGGGCUUCCGUUGUGUCAGAAUCAACUCCAUUACCCUUAGAAGCAUUGGUGUGAGCGGUUAUAGCAAUCGGCUAGAGACCAAAUUUAAGGAACUCAUCAUCGAGAAUGCCCCUUGUCUUGAAAGCUUGCUCACACUUGGUUCAUGCGAGUGCCGUCUUAUAUCGGUAAUCUCCGCGCCUAAACUCGAGGUCAUGGGCUGCCUUUCUACUCAUUAUGGUAUUAGAAUCUCGUUUGACUCGGCACCGUUCGACUCGACGGUUAUUCAGCGAAUGGGUGUUGACCGCCUGACGGCAGCGGUGCGCACUGUCAAGAUUUUAGCUAUCCUUAUGCAUUCUCUUAGUCUUGAUGUUGUUCUUGACUUGAUGAGAUGCUUCCCGUGCUUGGAAAAGUUGUACAUUGAGUCAAGUGGACCAGGGAUUAGCAACCUAUGGCGUCGUAAACACCGGGCUCUUAUAAGAUCACUUGACAUCCGUCUGAAGACUAUUGUAUGGAAUUAUUAUCGGGGAAUUAAGUCACAUGUUGACUUGGCCACAUUUUUUGUACUAAAUGCUCGCGUGCUAGAAUUAAUGACUCUUGAGGUUAAUGUUGAAGAUUUCAACGAGGAUUUUUUUGCACAACAUCAUAAGAAGCUUCAGGUGGAUAGUAGGGCCUCAAGAGGUGCUCGGAUUCGUUUUACUACCGAUUGGUGCUAUAAUUACCAUAUGAAGUUUAGUGUCCAUGAUUUGGGUCGAGCUGACCCCUUUGAAAGGACACACCCUUUGCAAGGAGAUACCAUAUUUGAGCUUUGCUAA